GGGCAUAUUCACUUAAACUUUGUAUCUUGAGAUAGUUGGAACAAAGUUCUUAGCUAUGGAACAGCUUGAAAAGCUGCAAUAUCAGACAUCUUUAAUCAAAAAGUCGCAACAAGUUGAGAGAUCUUCAUCUCUCAGGAUUGAAAGACCAACGUCCUUAGCUGUUCGACCAAAGGUAAAACGAAGAAACAGUUUACCAAGUCCUACCGUAAUCGGUUCAAUUGUUCGGUCAUCGAGUUUGGAAAGAGUGCGAUCCUUUAGUUUAACACGAGAUGGACUGAAAAACUGUGGGGACAAAUUCAGACCGCACAGUGUAUGCAGCGCAGGAACAAGUGAUGGAUACGAAUCAUGUUCCACUGGAGCAACGUCAUCAAUGGAAAGCAUCUGCCCAAAACAACAAUUACGGGUUGCCAUUAUUGGUUCCAAAGGCGUUGGGAAAAAAUCUCUCAAAAAUCAAUUUGCAACUUCAGAAGAACUCUACAUUAAUAAUUAUGAUAUCAAAGAUCAAGAUGGGAUAUGCGUCUUGAUGGAUGACGAGGAGUCAUAUGUGAUGUUUGUUGAUGAAGCGGAGUUAGCGAAUCAAGCAGAAAAUGAGUUGGUGGAUUCAAUUGUGGUGGUUUUCUCCGUUGUUGAUGCCAAAUCCUUUAAAAACGGAAUCAUAAAAAUAGAAAUGUUACGACAGGAAAUUGGAUUCGACAAACCAUUGUUUCUAGUAGCAAAUAAAGUCGACUUGGCGAGGCAGAGAAUUGUUACAGAAAAAGACGCCAAAAAGGUAGCGACCAGAUAUAAUUGCAAAUACAUUGAAACAUCUGUGGCUUUGAACCACAAUGUGGAUCAACUUUUGGCGGGAAUUAUACGUCAGGUUCGCAGCAGACGUCACAGCUACAGCAACAACACAGACGGAGAUCUGACAAAAGACCCCAAAACAGCAUCCAUGUUUACGAAAAUACUUCUACAAAAACUUAUGAAAAUCGGACAUCACGAAUUUUCGUGCACAAAGUUAUUUGACGUAUGAAAUAGAUGAUAAGAUAAUGAUUCCCAGCAAAGCAUAGACGUAGUUAAUACAUAUCAUUGAUGAAUAUUUGGUUGUUAUGACUAAGGUUUGAUUGUAUGUAUAAUAUGUACUAGAAUAACAGAGAUCGGUACAGACUGACAUGUUGGAGGUGAAAGAUUGUGCUCUGAGUCACGAUAAGAAUGUUUGGAUGUUCACCGCGUAUCUGAUGAGAAUCUGACUGGAAGAAUCUUGAUAAAUUCUCUUUUAUACUGAUUGUAUCUAUCAUGUUCCAUUUUAUUUUCUUUUUUACCUUUAUAAUAAAAUAUUUUAAAAUA